ACUAGAAUCCAGCUGAAUUCUGAGCUGGGGGAGUUUGCCGUGAGGCUGCAAAUAAAGCAGAUGUGUUGUGAAUUUCAGUAGUGUCUAGACUUUCCUUUACCAAAGUUGAUGAUAUAGCAUUUAACCUGUGGUGUUUUCUUUAUUUUGCAUUUUGUUCCCCUUCAUCCUUUUUUUUUUUAAGUACUCACAUAAGGGGAAUGAAAUGGAAAAAUUAAGGAAAUAUAUGUCAGCGAGAGAUGAGGAUCAGUUUUAUCAUCAGGGAGCUGUGGAGUUGCUGGUCUUUAACUUUUUGCUCAUCCUUACAAUAUUAACAAUUUGGUUAUUUAAAAAUCAUCGAUUCCGCUUUUUGCAUGAAACUGGAGGAGCCAUGGUUUAUGGUCUCCUAAUGGGAUUAAUUAUACAAUAUGCAACAACACCAACCAACUUUGAAAGUGGAACUGUCUAUACUUGUGAGAAGCUGAAGUUUGGCCCACCCACUCUACUUGUUAAUAUAACAAACCAAGUAUAUGAAUAUCAGUACAAAAGGGAAAUCAACCAACACAACGUUAAUGCUCACCAAGGCAAUGCAAUGCUUCAAAAGAUGACUUUUGAUCCUUCGAUCUUCUUCAAUGUUUUACUGCCACCCAUUAUAUUUCAUGCUGGAUAUAGUUUAAAGAAGAGACAUUUUUUUCGUAAUUUAGGAUCAAUUUUAACAUAUGCCUUUUUGGGAACUGCCAUCUCUUGCAUUGUUAUAGGGUUGAUAAUGUAUGGCUUUGUGAAGGCCAUGAUACAUGUUGGCCGGUUAAAAGGAGGGGAUUUUCACUUCACAGACUGUUUAUUUUUUGGCUCGUUGAUGUCUGCUACAGACCCAGUGACAGUUCUGGCUAUUUUCCACGAGCUGCAUGUGGAUACAGAUCUGUAUACCCUCCUUUUUGGAGAGAGUGUCCUAAAUGAUGCUGUGGCUAUAGUUCUCGCAUAUUCGAUAUCUGUUUACAGUCCCAAGGAGAAUCCUAACACAUUUGAUGCUGCUGCUUUCUUCCAGUCUGUGGGGAAUUUCCUGGGGAUCUUUGCUGGAUCAUUUGCAAUGGGGUCCUCAUAUGCUGUUGUCACAGCUUUAUUGACAAAAUUUACAAAGCUGUGUGAGUUCCCCAUGUUGGAAACAGGCCUAUUCUUCCUCCUGUCUUGGAGUGCCUUCCUGUCAGCAGAAGCUGCUGGUCUUACAGGAAUUGUUGCAGUCCUUUUUUGUGGAGUCACACAGGCCCAUUAUACCUACAACAAUCUGUCACCAGAUUCCAAAAUGAGAACUAAACAGUUGUUCGAGUUCAUGAAUUUCUUGGCUGAGAAUGUCAUCUUCUGUUACAUGGGGCUUGCAUUAUUCACAUUCCAAAAUCAUAUAUUUAAUGCUCUCUUUAUAUUUGGGGCAUUUGUGGCAAUUUUCAUAGCAAGAGCAUGCAACAUAUACCCACUUUCUUUCAUUCUGAAUUUGGGUCGAAAACAAAAGAUUCCCAGGAACUUUCAACACAUGAUGAUGUUUUCAGGUUUACGUGGUGCAAUAGCAUUUGCACUGGCUAUUCGGGACACAGAAUCUCAACCCAAACAAAUGAUGUUUACUACAACAUUGCUUAUUGUGUUUUUCACAGUCUGGGUUUUUGGUGGGGGCACCACAGCGAUGCUCACAUGGCUUCAGAUCAGAGUUGGCAUAGAUCCAGAUGAAGAUCUGAAAGCAGAAACUGCAAGCCCGAGAGCGACUACUGCGGAUAAGAACACAACCAAGGCUGAGAGUGCGUGGCUGUUCAGAAUAUGGUAUGGAUUUGAUCAUAAAUAUUUGAAGCCCAUUUUAACCCAUGCUGGUCCACCGCUUACAACAACAUUACCUGAAUGGUGUAAUCCCAUUGCCAGACUGCUAACUAGCCCUAGAGCAUAUGGAGAGCAGCUGAAGGAUGAUGACAUGGACUGUAUCGUGAAUAAUGAUGAACUGACUAUAAAUUAUGAAGCCCCCAAUCCGGUUCCAGUGCCGGCACAGGCCAGAAUAGACUCACCCCAGACUCCAGGCAAGGAAAACAUUCAUGAAGGAGACCUUGGAUUAGGAGGAUGUGAACUCCAUCUUGAACACACUCCAGCACAAACCCAGUUGAAUUCAUUGGCAUGAGCAGUGCAAAUGUAAUCACAAGAAAUGCAUGGAACAUGAAGGAAUACAAGCCAAACUUAUGAGGCAGUGUUGGUAAGAAGCUAGAAAAUGUAUUAAAAGCAUAAAUUGAAGAGAAUCAAAACCUUGUCAAAUGUUUCUUCUAGUGCCUGAAGAAAUGAGGAUUUAUUAUUAUCAUCAUCCAUAUCUGCUACACAACUAAAUGUAAUGUUUUGACAGUGGCAAUUUUUAUUAAUGAAAUUGAAGGCACUGUCUGCUACAGGCAUAUUACAGAUGCACUCACAGCGUCGAUUGUACUUGGAGCGCACAUAAAGACACAGAUUUCUGAAUGUUGUUCCCUUUGUUAAUUAAUUCAGGUGUGGAGGAGAGAUAUUUGAUUAACAUGACCAUGCUCAGAUGAUCAUAGAACUUUUUACAAAGUUGCUCCUGGGCAGAUAUAUCACCCAUGGGACAGGUGGAAAUUUCUUUUGUACAAAUGCAAACUUUGGGCAGCUACUUUCUCUGUACAAAGGUUUAAGACUCCCACUUAAUGCUUACAGCAUUUGGCAUUUUCUAGAUAGUCAGUCGAAUUGGAUGCUUCAGCAAAAAUAAGUUUCACACCCUGGGCUGCAAAGGGUUAAUUCAGAACACAAAAACUGGGCAUUGCUAUAUUAGCCGUUCAAGCUAAAUAAAUCAAUAACGGAGCUUUUUAUUAUUAUUUUGAUUGAUCAUGAUCACUAUGGUAUACAGCAAUUACACUUAUCCCACAAUGCAUUUGUUGCUAUAGCUUGGCAAUAGGUUUUUAUACACAGCUUGUGUGAUGGGAACAAUUUAUGUUUUUUGUUGUGUAAAAACAUUCCAAGUUUGUAUUUUGAUUUGAGCUUCUUGGGAGCUGGGUUUUAUUUUGUUUGGUGGUGUGUGUGUGUGUGUGUAUUAUAUAUAUAUUAUGUAUUAUGUAUAUAUAUUAUAUAUAUACAAAAAAUCAUGCAAAAGAGUUUACUUUUUAAGAUAAGAUUUUUCAAAGUGACAUGUGCAUAAUCACACAUUUACAUUUGGCACUUAGAUAUUACAGUGAUAAGUAAGAUGGUAAAACCUAGAUAGACAAAUGAGAGAAAGAUUUAGGUAUGGAAAUACCAGCUCUGUUUGCAUAAAUUCAGCAUAUGAAUUCACACAUGGUCAGUCAUGCACCUAACAGAUCAUGAUGUACCAGUAUCAGGCAUUUGCACAUAUAAAUUGGGUAUUGUGAAUGCAUGUGCACAGGGGCAUGUCUCUAACAUUUAAAGUCUGACUCUAUAUCUUCUCAGCACAGGAGUUUUCAGCUCAGAUGCAGCAUAAGUUGUUUAUCGCAUUGCUUGAAAGUGUUCCUACCAUGAAAGUUAAACCAUGAGAGAAAGUUUUGAACAAGGUCAUUCUUAACCAAGACAUUUCUAAGCCAUGGGGGAGGAUGUGUGUGGAAACAAGUCAUCCCAAUGAAACAGUGAAUGAUCAUAAAGCUGAAUGGGUUUUGAUUCCAUCACAGAUGGAAACUGAAACACAAACUUAAAUAUAAUCCAGUUUUAAUCAUUCUUUUCCAGGCUAAGUAAUUGCUGGUUGGAUUUAAAACUAGACCAGCUGCUCUAAGCAUAAAUUUAACACAAGUCCUAGGUGUUUUUCUGAAAUAUCAGAAGCUUAAAUUGGCCUCCCCCCCCCUUAAAAUAUUAAUCAAGGGGCUUCAAAGGAUGUUAUUCCCCGGAGGGGGGGCUAUUCUAUAUUAGGUUGUCCGGAGGAAAAGUGGUGGAUUUGCAACUCCCCAUCUUGCCAAAUCUAGCUUGGGGGGCGGGGUGGGGGGAGGGAAGCUGCAUACCCUGGCUGCAUGAAGGGACAGAGAAAAAAGAAGAAAUGAGGAGCAUGGUGUUAUGCCCUGAAAAAAGAAAAGGAGUACUUGUGGC